AUGGCUAGCAGGUUUGAGAAGUUCUCGGAACGGGCCCGCAGGGUUCUCUCUCUGUCUCAGGAAGAGGCGCUCCGCUUCAACCACAACUAUAUCGGCACGGAGCAUAUCCUCUUGGGUCUGGUGCGAGAGACGGAGGGCGUCGCCGCCCGAGUCCUUAGCAAUCUUGGGAUUGAGCUCAGCAAGGUGCGCUCCGCCGUGGAGUUCAUCAUCGGCCGCGGCGAGAAGCCGGUAUCCGGUGAGAACAUCGGCCUCACCCCAGGGCAAAGCGCGUCAUAG